AUGUGCACAGAAAAUGCUGGACAUGCUGGAAAUAGUGGAAAUGGCUCGACGGAUAGGAGGCGAUCGAUGGAUCGUUGGUUGCUACCCGAAAGUACGGGACUCACCAGAUAUACUUCGAAAAUAACCUCUCGUCUCCCCCCGUCCCGUCUUCUUAUUUUGAAAACUCAAAAUAAGCUGCGACCACCACCCGCCACCACCGCCACGACCGCCACGAUGGACAUCGCACUUGAGUUCUGGGAUACUUUUCUCUUUGAUAAUAUCUAUGCUGCUGUCGCUCCUCUGAAGCCUGCGACCUUCAGUCCCAUCAGCGGCGCUGGCAAUUGGACGCUCCCGGACAUCAAAGCGGCAUCACAAUGGCAGUUCCAGCCCGCCAGCACUUUGCUCUCCUUCUCCCCGCGAGAUGCCGCAUAUUUGAGCCAGGUCCCUCGAGACAAUAUCUUCCGACAGGCCCUCUCUCUCUUCCUCAUCAUGUGGAUCGCCGGCGCAGCCCUGUACUUCAUCGUCUCCUCCCUCUCCUACAUCUUCGUCUUCGACAAAUCCACCUUCAACCACCCCAAGUUCCUCAAGAACCAGAUCCGCCAAGAGAUCAAGCAGGCCACCGAUGCCAUGCCCGUCAUGUCGCUCCUCACCAUGCCCUUCUUCCUCGCCGAAGUCCGCGGCCAUUCCCAGCUCUACGACCUCCUGGGUGACGAGCCCUUCCGCUUCUACAACCUGCUGCAGUUCCCCUUCUUCAUCCUCUUCACCGACAUGUUCGUCUACUUCAUCCACCGCGGCCUGCACCACCCGCUCUGCUACAAGACCCUGCACAAGCCGCACCACAAGUGGAUCAUGCCGACGCCGUACGCCAGUAUCGCCUUCCACCCCGUCGACGGCUGGGCGCAAUCGCUCCCUUACCACAUCUUCCCUUUCGUGUUCCCCCUCCAGAAGUUCGCCUACCUGGCCCUCUUCUUCUUCGUCCAGGUCUGGACCGUCUUCAUCCACGACGGCGAGUACGUUGCCAACUCCGCCAUCCUGAACGGUGCCGCGUGCCACACGAUGCACCAUCUGUACUUCAACUACAACUACGGGCAGUACACGACGCUGUGGGAUCGGCUGGGAGGGAGCUACCGGAAGCCGAACGAGGAGCUGUUCAAGCGCGAGACGAAGAUGACGGCUGCGGAGUGGAGUCGCCAGGCACUGGAGAUGGAGAAGGUGGUCAAGGAGGUCGAGGGCGAGGACGACCGGAGUUAUGAUCCGGAAGACGAUAUGAAGAAGACGAAGUAA